CUUCAUUUUCAAAGACCACCAUCACCACCGCCACCAUGUCUGAGGUUGCCUCACAAAACACAGUUUCUACGCAAUAUUUCCGGACGAAAUCCAUGGUCUGGAAAGUCCAUGGUCUGAUUCCCCAACUGAAGAUGAGUAUCAAGAAAUUACUUCUACCUUAUUUUCACUUCACCUUAAGAUUCUUGAUAUAAUCUCUUCUUAUGUUACUGAUUACAUAUGGGAACAUGAACCGUUCACUCUUUUCCCCUCUACUAUUCAUAAUACUCCAAACCCUAACCUUGAAAAUAUCCCCUGUUUACAUGGACAAACUAGGUUUGGUACUAACUUCGAAAAUGAGUGGUUUAUUGUCUUUCUUCUCACUGAAAUUUCAAGAAAAAUUCGUCAAGUUACAGUUAGGGUUUGGGAUUCUCACGGUGAGUUUCUUCUCUUUGAAAGUGCUUCAUUUCUUCCUAGUUGGCUAACCCCUGAGACUAGUAAAAAUAGGGUUUUUAUUAGAUUCGGAGAAGUUAGUAUUGUGCAUGAAGGGAAUAUUUCUCUGGGUUCUAGAUUAAUUGAAAUCUUAGGGUUUUCGCAAUCUCCCACUUUUGAUGUUGGUGCACCAAUGUAUGUUCGGUCAGCUUUUAAAAAUAGGAUCUCUGAGUAUCCAGAGAGAGUGAAGUUGAAUAUGCAUCAGAUUAGGGUUCAGGUUCCGAUUUCCAUUGCAAAAGUUUUGCGAACAUGAACCUUGUUUGAUCUCUUUGGCAAUUGAGGGGUUUUGCAAUAGAGAUGAUGGUGAUUUAAUGAAGCUUAGUCAGGAAAUGGAAACAUUUCUGAAAGGGACUGAAUCUACUGUUGAUGGUGAUAAGAAAGAAGAGCUUGUUAGAGUUUCUGUAAGAAUGUCUAGGGCAAUGUAUGUGAAAUUGGUUAAUCAGAAAAGUUUCGAGGCACCAAAAUGUUACCCGAUUCCACCAAAAACUGAUAGUUCACUUUAUGUUGAAGCAUUAUUGGGUAUGAAAAUUACUUGUGGGUUUGAAAUAAUGUAUAAGAAAAGUAUUCGAGAAGGAAGAGGAGGAAAAGGGAUUGCUACUUUGGAGUCUUUCAAGGAGAGUUUGAAGAAAAAUGGAUAUUUUAAAGGCCUUCCCUCAGGAGAACAAGCGUCGUCGACUUACAAAAAGGGUGGAACAAUACUACUUAAAGAGUUCUGUGUUUUCUAGGGAAAGGGAAAUGAUGAAUGGACCAGUUAGUCGAAUUGAUGAGAUCCUUUUGUUGCCCAAUUCUUCUGUAGAAUUUAAGGGUCUUGGCCUUCUUCCUUCAGAUGAUGAUGCUUGGCUUUAUGAUGAAGAGGACAAGUCCAAGUUGGCCAUGUUUCGAGUUUAAAAGUAAGGCCAAAAAGGACAUCGAAAAGACAUGUGCCGAUCAGUCUACUGAAGAAGGAUCAUCUUCGGAAAGUGAUUCUGAUUGGGAUGGAGUUCCAUUCGUCUAUGAUAGUGAUUUUUUAUAUGAUGACUUUACAAAUCCUUUCUUGGAUAUCUACAAUGAGGUUGAUUUUUCAUACGACGACUUUACAAAUCCUUUCUUGGAUAUCUACAAUGAGGAUUCUGAUGAUGAGUUCAACCCCUUAGAGGCUGCCAUCUUGGCGGGGCUCAUGGGAGGAUCACAUCUCCCUAGUGAUCGCCGCAGAUGUAGAUUGACCUCGUCUCCUGUGGUUCAGAACUUCAGAUGUUCAACAUUCUGCACGUUUCAUUUUAUACAUUGUCGUCAAGCUUGCAUCUGAGUGGAUUGGUAUUUGAUUAGUAUGUGA